GACAGCUCGCCUUCCACUUCCCAUCUAACCCCCAUUCCUCCGUCACGCCCCAUAAGUCCAGGCGUCGCGUCGAAACUGUUCUUCUCCAUGAGGAAGCAGUUCACCAGCGGCAGUUCACCCAUCCCUCAGCGAAAAAAGCCAAGCGAACGUCCGUGUGGUGGCAUGUACUCCACCCCCGAAGAGCGACACCCCUAUACCCCCUCGCGUGUUAUUCGUCCCCGCUACAUAGAUGCUUCCUCAGAACGUCCUUCCAUAGAACAAAUAGCCAUGGGCCUCCACAUUUCACGCACUCCCCAUCUCAGGUCUGGUAAUCCUGUCCAGCGACAUUCUCCGCUGUCGUCCCCUUCCCUGCGUCGCCUCGUGAAUGCCCCUGGCAGUGCGCCCUAUGUAUUACCACAUUCUCGUCCUCAUGCCCUCCACGACUCGUCAUUGCCUGCGCAGCAACGGCAACGACACAGCCUUCCUCCCCCUCCUAGACGCUCGUCUAUGAAAAAGGCCACUGCCUCUAGCUCGACCCUUGAUCCGCCGCAGAAAACCCCAACGCUUCUCAGCGCUUCCCCUUCCGCGUCUACUGUCACUUCCGGAGGACCCCUCACUCCGGGGUCGUGGUCUGUGCGGUCUUUGAAGGUGCGGAUGUCCAAGUAUAUACCAGGUUAUCAUCGCACGUCAGCGACGGUGGCAUCCAUCGAUCGGGCAAGUACAUUUACCUCAUCAGGCAGCGAUGCCACGCGUCCGACGACACCACGCAAGUCGGUUAGAUUCUCUACGAGCGUACUGGCACUGAACGACCUACCUUCGUGACGACUCUGCACAGUAUUUGGUGCAGCCAUGCAUACUUCAUUCUGUUUUUCGAUUUCACCAUAUAGCCAUUUUGUUUACUAUUUUUAUUCCACACGGGACUUGUUCCUGGCCUUGAUACCACGAACAUUCGUUAUGUGUAGCCCAACGAUCUUUCAAGUUCUUUCCUGCAUGACUAGCAUUCGAUUUGUCAUUCUGUGAUACGUCAUUACAAAUAAUAAAUUUUUGCUUUGCAC